CCUCGCAUAGCCCCCCCCCAUCCCGCCGCCGGGGCUGGGUCCCCACCCCACUGCUGUUGGGUAGGGAGGGGAGCCGGAGCGAGGGGGGAGCUACAGGGACUGGAUUUUGGGGAGGCGGAAUUUUAAUGUUUCUUUUAUUAUUUUUUUGUUUAAUGUUAUGGCUUUUAACCCGCAAAUACGUCUCUGAACAAUAAAAUCCUGCCAAACACGGUGACCCUACACGCACACCCCAGGCGGGAGGCAGAGAGAGGGGCGGGGGGUGGUGAGCCUGUGAGAAAAUGGAGGGACCCUCCGGCUCCGCAGAGGAAGGGGAGCUGCCCCUCCUCACUGUCAAGCACGAGCUGAAGAACGGAAAGAUGAUGACUACUGUGCCAGCUUCAGUUUCUGGAUAGAUUUAAGAUCUAGCAUCAUGUGGAACAUAUUGUGGUAGUGUAAUCUGAAGGUGAUAAAGACAUGGGUAACAGUUGCAAGUUGUCUGGAAUCCAGAUACUUUUGAUAUGCCAUGGCACUUGAGAGAGACUUCAGUUAAAAAAAGAAAAGAAAGAUUGGCAAGAUUCCAGUCUGUUUAGAUUGAGUUGCAACUUUCACUUCUUGCUGAGGAUAAGGAACAGAAAGAAACUGUGUUACUGCUCAAGUGGAAGCAGAAUCAGGUGAAGAAUAUCUGUCUUGGAGACAUAAAGUAUCUUACUUGAGAGCAAAUUUGACAGGCCAUGCAGAGAAGGUGGGCAUUGAAAACUUCGAACUCUUGAAAGUUCUUGGAACAGGAGCUUAUGGAAAAGUAUUUCUAGUGAGGAAAAUAAGUGGCCAUGAUAAUGGGAAGCUGUAUGCCAUGAAAGUAUUGAAAAAAGCAACAAUAAUUCAAAAAGCCAAAACAACAGAGCACACAAGGACGGAACGACAAGUACUGGAACAUAUUAGGCAAUCACCAUUUUUGGUCACAUUGCACUAUGCUUUCCAGACAGACACAAAACUUCAUCUCAUUUUAGAUUAUAUAAAUGGAGGAGAACUUUUUACUCACCUUUCUCAAAGAGAGAGAUUUACAGAAAAUGAGGUGCAGAUAUACAUUGGAGAAAUUGUACUGGCUCUUGAACACCUGCACAAGUUGGGGAUUAUAUAUCGAGAUAUAAAACUUGAGAAUAUUCUACUUGAUUCUAAUGGCCACGUUGUGCUGACAGACUUUGGUCUGAGUAAGGAGUUUCUUACAGAUGAAAAUGAGAGAGCAUAUUCUUUUUGCGGAACUAUAGAAUACAUGGCUCCAGAUAUUGUCAGAGGAGGAGACACCGGACAUGACAAGGCUGUUGAUUGGUGGAGUCUUGGUGUUCUUAUGUAUGAGUUAUUAACUGGAGCAUCACCUUUUACAGUUGAUGGAGAGAAAAAUUCCCAAGCUGAGAUUUCUAGGAGAAUAUUAAAAAGUGAACCUCCGUAUCCCCAAGAAAUGAGUGCUUUAGCUAAAGAUGUAAUUCAGCGUCUUUUGAUGAAAGAUCCCAAGAAAAGGCUGGGCUGUGGUCCAGGUGGUGCUGAUGAAAUCAGACAACAUCCCUUCUUUCAGAAAAUAAACUGGGACGAUUUAGCUGCCAAAAAAAUACCAGCUCCGUUUAAACCAGUAAUCCGGGAUGAGUUGGAUGUUAGUAACUUUGCAGAGGAGUUUACAGAAAUGGAUCCCACAUACUCUCCUGCAGCCACACCACAGACUUCAGAGAGAAUAUUUCAGGGAUAUUCUUUUGUUGCUCCUUCUAUCUUGUUUAAACGCAAUGCAGCCACAGUAGAUCCUGUUCAAUUUCAUAUGGGAGUUGAAAGACCUGGAGUUACAACUAUUGCCAGAAGUGCUAUGACGAAGGACUCUCCAUUUUAUCACCACUAUGAACUGGAUCUGAAAGAGAAACCACUGGGAGAAGGAAGUUUUUCCAUCUGUCGAAAGUGUUUACACAAGAAAACUAGCCAAGAAUAUGCAGUAAAAAUAAUUAGCAAAAGAAUGGAAGCCAACACCCAGAGGGAAAUAACAGCUUUGAAACUCUGUGAAGGACACCCCAAUGUAGUGAAGUUGCAUGAAGUUUAUCAUGAUCAGCUUCACACAUUUCUAGUAAUGGAACUACUGAAGGGAGGAGAAUUGCUUGAACGCAUUCAGAAAAAGAAACACUUCAGUGAGACAGAAGCCAGUUAUAUCAUGCGCAAACUUGUUUCAGCUGUGAGCCACAUGCAUGAUGUAGGAGUCGUCCAUAGAGAUCUGAAACCUGAGAAUUUAUUGUUCACAGAUGAAAAUGAUGAUUCAGAAAUAAAAAUAAUUGAUUUUGGAUUUGCUCGGUUAAAACCACCUGAUAAUCAGCCUCUUAAAACUCCAUGUUUUACUCUUCAUUAUGCUGCUCCAGAGCUCUUGAAUCACAAUGGUUAUGAUGAAUCCUGUGAUCUCUGGAGUUUGGGGGUUAUUUUGUAUACAAUGCUGUCAGGACAGGUACCCUUCCAGUCUCAAGACAAAGGUUUAACAUGCAUUAGUGCAUUGGAAAUUAUGAAGAAAAUUAAAAAAGGAGAAUUCUCCUUUGAAAGAGAAGCCUGGAAGAAUGUAUCUCAAGAAGCCAAAGAUUUGAUACAAGGACUUCUUACAGUGGAUCCAAAUAAAAGAAUUAAAAUGUCCAGCUUGAGAUACAGUGAAUGGCUUCAAGAUGGGAGCCAGCUGUCAUCCAAUCCUCUAAUGACUCCUGAUAACUUAGGCUCUUCAGGAGCUGCUGUACAUACAUACGUCAAAGCAACCUUUCAUGCCUUUAACAAGUACAAAAGGGAAGGAUUUUGCCUCCAGAAUGUUGACAAGGCACCUCUUGCUAAAAGAAGGAAGAUGAAAAAGACAAGUACAAGCACAGAGACACGUAGCAGUUCCAGUGAAAGUUCACAUUCUUCUUCCUCUCAUUCUCAUGGUAAAACUACACCAACAAAAACCCUGCAGCCAACAAAUCCUGCAGACAGCAAUAACCCAGAAACCAUCUUCCAGUUCUCUGACUGAAAAGCAGAGAAAUAUCCUCUCUUGAACAAUUAAGAGGUGAUAAGCCUGGUAGUACUUGUCCCUCCUUGGAACAGAGGGAUUACAGGGAUAUGUUCAUUGCUUUGAACAACUUGUUUCAUUUCUGCCUUUUUAGCUUUUUGUUUCAAGACAUUUGGUUUUAGUCUUAGUUCAGAAUCACUGGAUGUGGUAUAAUAUUGUGAAUACAACCAACAUUGAACUCUCUUAGGGCUGGAUUGGUAUGCAGUCUAGUCCUGAGUAAGGGGUAAUCACAUUGUUGUUUUAUCCCUGGAGGAAGAGUGUUACUGAGAGGCAUAAUCUCCUUUCAGUUUCCCCACUGUUCCGGGGAGGGUAUAUGCUGUAAAAGUCAAUGUGUACUCCCUGAAAUGCUGUGUAACUAGGCAUGUUGUGGGGAGCAGAGUCAAGAGUCCUCCUGCCUAUCUGCAUAAGGAGGGUCAUAGCAGCUCUGGUUUCCUCCGCACACAAGUAAUGGCAGUACAGUGCACUAAAGCAAGAGGCCAUCUUACAUCACUUCUAACCCCCUUGUGUUGGUGCAUAGGAUGGGCUAGAACCUGGACCUUAUUUUGGAAAUUAAGAACAGAGAUGAACAUAAAAGGAGUACCAUUAUGCUGUUUUACAAAUUUAUUCCUUAAAUUUGGUUUUACGCUACUCAGAAUAUAACAGUCUUAUAUUAUCUAGAUCGGGGUAGGCAACCUAUGGCACGGGUGCCGAAGGCGGCACACGAGCUGAUUUUCAGUGGCACUCCCACUGCCCAGGUCGUGACCACCAGUUCAGGGGGCUCUGCAUUUUAAUUUAAUUUUAAAUGAAGCUUCUUAAACAUUUUAAAAACCUUAUUUACUUUACAUACAACAAUAGUUUAGUUAUAUAUUAUAGAAAGAGACCUUCUAAAAACGUUAAAAUGUAUUACUGGCACGCGGAACCUUAAAUUAAAGUGAAUAAAUGAAAACUCCACUUCUGAAAGGUUGCCGACCCCUGAUCUAAAUGAAAAAGGAAUCUAUGGCUAGCAAGAUGAGGUGACUUUGCACUGUAAUGCUAUUGUUUAUCUGUAUUUCUAGAAAAUAUAAUUUUUUAAAAAACUUUUCAAGCUCCAAAACCCAAUGAUAUACCAGAGAAAAGAAGUUGAAAUUUAGUACUGAACAUUUUUUUAAAUGGUCAUGUGUUCAAAUAUUUAUUUCAAGGAACAGCUAUAAUGUAUUGUGUUUAUCUUUUAUAUUUAUAUGAUAACUUGAAGAUACCAAGAUGAAUCUUUUUUUUAAAAGAUGCAGAAACUCCAAAUUCCAUUUUUGUUAUCAUGGGGUCCAUAUUGAAUGCAUGCCAACCUAUGUUUUUAAUUUUGCAUUGC